AUGGAUCCAGGAAGGCGUGUUAGGUUCAAGGUAGUUUCUGUCAAAUAUCACAGUUUGGAGCCGGGAACUUCAAGCGAUUCUUCAAGUGCCAUGACAAUUGAGGCGUCUAUGCUUGAUAUGGGACUUGGGUGUGUUGAUUGGUGGGAUCCCGCUGUUUCUGAUGAAGUUAAACAAGAAAUGAAUGAGACUGAAGAACAGAUUGAAUCAUAA